AUGCAGCAGCUCCGCUCUAGUGGCCAAAACGAGCAAUCAAGUCCAGAAUUUGCCUCACUUGUCCAGACACUCAAGACGUUCCAAUACCUCCAGCAUUUGCGCAUGCAGCAACUUGCAGCAGCUUCUCAAAUGCGUCCACCACCCACAAGUGUGCCGACCGAUAAGCCUCUGCCACAUGCGCCUAUGCCUCCCUUGAAUAACAUGGCAAACGGGACCGCAGCUGCUGUCGGCUCUUCUUCGUCUGGUCCCAUCCCACCGCCCAUGUCAGUGCCCCCUUCAGAUCCUAUGCCGGCACCCGUCCCUAUGCCGGUUUCUGGCCCAUCUCUUCCAGCUAGCGUUGCACCCGGCCUCGAGCCUGCGCCUGGACCCGUGCCUCCCUUUGCUACACCUGCGCCUCAAGUACCUGCUGCGUCGCAAGUCCAACCCUCACUUACGCAUGAUCAGAUCCAGGGUCUUCGGGCGCAAGUGUCAGCCUACAAGCAUCUUUCUCGGAAUGAACCAAUGGCGACUCAACUUCAGCAACAUGCCAAGGAUCUUUCGAAUCCCUCAGAUGCAUCAGUCGCUUCUUCAAUUGCAACUAAAGUAGCUGAUGCAGCUGCUGACUCACACGCUGCGCUUACCGCGGCACAUGGUCACAACUCGAUGAAGCCACUUACAUCGGGUCCGGAGGCCUCUGCUUCGACUAGCUCGGCGGCAUCCCACGUCACGAAGCGUCUGGACUUACCGCACGAUGAUCCAUCGAGCCGUGUGUAUCCAUACAAUGCCUAUCUUCAUCCUUUUACGUCGCUUGCGAAGCCUAGCUUCAAGGACGGCAACGACCUUGCUUCUUUGCAGCAGCGAUUGCUUGUACCGAGUUUGCUUCCUGCUGGAAUUGAUUUACACCUUCUUCUAGAAGAGCGUGAGCGCUUUAUUCAGACACGAAUUCAACAACGGAUUCGAGAACUUGAGUCAUUCCCUGCAACGCUUCCGCAGGUCCCAUCCAACUCAAUGUCCCAGUCAUUUUCGCGCUUAUCGUCAGCCUCCUCCUCAUCGUCGUCCUCAUCGCCGGCGGAAUCACCAUCUUCUACGUCUUCACCGGCGCCGUCGCAUACAAAACAAGCGCAACAUGAUGUGCGCGCGAGUGAUUCUGCUAGUUUUCAGAUACCCCAGCACCCCAACUCCAAGCUUAAAGCACUCAUUGAACUCAAGUCUCUCCACUUGCUCGAACGCCAAAAGCAGAUGCGGGAGAAGAUCUUGGUGAGUAUGAACCUGGCCACAUCACUGGGUCUUGAUCGCUCUGCGUUCCGCCGGGUGCGCAAGCAAGCGCUCCGCGACGCUCGUGUCACCGAGCAACUAGAGCGGAAGCAGCGCACAGAACGUGAGCGUAAGGUGAAGCAGCGCCACACAGAUUACCUCACGAUGAUUUGCGCGCACGGCAAGGAUUUACUGUCGGCUCACAGCAAAUCGUCAGAUCAUUGGAGAAAGAUCGGCCGAAUGGUGCUCAAGUUUCAUGCCGACACGGAGCGGGAGGAACAGAAACGCAUCGAACGCGUUGCAAAGGAGCGUCUCAACGCUUUGAAAGCUGAUGAUGAGGAAGCUUAUUUGAAGCUGAUUGACACUGCUAAGGACACGCGCAUCACACACCUCCUUCAACAGACAGACGCAUACCUGGACAAUCUUGCACAGGCUGUGCGUGCUCAGCAAGACGACGAUUCUCAUAUUGAUUGGGCCACUACCGAUGGCACGGAUGGUGCAGCUGUUGAUGAGACGACAUUCGGUGCUUCUCGUCAAGAUGAUCCCACCGAUGAUGCUGGCCGUGCCGACUAUUACUCGGUAGCUCAUCGCAUCACUGAAAAAAUCACUGAACAGCCCUCGAUCUUGGUUGGUGGCAAAUUGAAAGAGUAUCAAAUGAAGGGAUUGCAAUGGAUGGUCUCAUUGUACAACAACCGACUGAAUGGGAUUUUGGCGGACGAAAUGGGUUUGGGCAAAACCAUUCAGACUAUCUCGCUCAUCACUUUUCUGAUCGAGAACAAAAAGCAGAACGGACCAUACCUUGUCAUUGUACCUCUCUCGACGCUGACCAACUGGGUAAAUGAAUUUCACAAAUGGGCCCCGUCUGUAUCAACUCUUGUGUACAAAGGCACGCCAAAUGUACGAAAGCAACUUGCCGGUCAGCUGAAGAUGGGCACGUUCCAGGUCCUGCUGACGACGUACGAAUACAUUAUCAAGGAAAAGAGUUUGCUAGGCAAGAUUAAAUGGACGCACAUGAUCAUCGACGAAGGUCAUCGCAUGAAGAACACACAGAGCAAACUCACUGUGACUCUGACCCAGUCCUACUCAAGUCGCUACCGUCUGCUUCUUACCGGCACGCCGUUGCAAAACAAUUUACCAGAGCUGUGGGCGCUUCUCAACUUUGUCUUACCAAAAAUUUUCAAUUCUAUAAAGAGUUUUGACGAAUGGUUCAAUACACCGUUUGUGAACACAGGAACGGGCGAUAACAGUAUGCAGCUUAAUGAAGAAGAGGCUCUUCUUAUCAUCAAGCGUCUUCACAAGGUCUUGCGUCCCUUCUUGCUUCGUCGAUUGAAGAAAGAUGUCGAGUCUGAACUUCCUGACAAGGUCGAGAAGGUCAUUACGUGUCGCAUGAGCGCUUUGCAACUUAAGCUUUACCAACAGAUGAAGCGACACAAAAUUAUUCUUGGUGAUGCCGGCGCUGGUAGCGGCGCGGCGAAUGGCAAAGGUCCCCAAACCGAUGGGAAUCCGCGGUUUGCAAAAUGCUAUUAUGCAACUACGCAAGAUUUGCAACCAUCCCUAUGCAUUUGA